AUCCACUUUUGCAUCCAUUCGGCCUAAAUUUCUUCAAUUAAUGCCGAAGUAUAUUUUCCAAAAAAUUGUCCAACUUGAUAUCUAAAGUACUAUAUAAAUUCAAAUUACGUCAUGUCGGCAGAGGAGCAACAACAAUGGUUCGAUUUCGCUCUCGACAUCGCCAAGAGGGCUGGGCUGGUGAUCAAAGACGGCUUCGAGAAGACCAAGACGAUCGAGAUGAAAGACAACCCACGAGACCUGGUCACGGAUACGGACAAGGCCGUCGAGGCUCUCGUCAUCGGUGAAAUAUCUAAGACAUUUCCAGACCACAAAUUCAUUGGCGAGGAAUCGACAGCUGCAGGAGCGAAGUGCGAGCUCACAGACUCCCCUACUUGGAUCAUCGACCCCGUCGAUGGCACAAUGAACUUCGUCCACAGCUUCCCGUACACGUGCAUCUCGCUGGCAGUGUGGUGCGAGCAGCAGCCGUGCGUGGCUGUGGUGCACAACCCCAUCCUGGACCUCACCUACACCGCCAGGAAAGACCACGGUGCAUUCCUCAACGGCAAGAAGCUCAGCGUCUCCCUCAAGGACGACUUGUCGCAGUCGCUGGUAAUGACAGAGCUUUGGUGCCGCCCUGACCCCGCCAAGAUGGCCGUCGCCACAGCCAACGCCAUGAAAGUCAUCAAGAAGUGCCACGGGCCUCGCUGUAUGGGCUCGGCUGCCCUGAACAUGUGUCACGUGGCGCAGGGUGCGGCUGAAGUCUACUACGAAAUUGGCAUCCAUGCGUGGGACACGGCGGCUGCCUCGCUCAUAGUCAGGGAGGCCGGCGGUGUCGUCAUGGACAUGACUGGCGGUCCUUACGAUUUGAUGAAUCGACGCGUGUUGUGUGCCGCUAACCUGAAGCUGGCGCAGCAGAUGGUUGAGCUCCUCGAGGUGUACGACGAAGACCGGGAUUGAGACGAAGAUAUUGACGAGGCUGCAACCUGUGUGACUGGUCACACAGAUGUUCUCAGACCAUGAAUUGUUCGGUUGGAUCUUGAUAACACCCACUGUGUUCUUUUCGCAUCAUUCCAUCGCGUUGCGCUAUAGCUAUUUAUUUCGAUUUAAUUUUUGUUUCCUGUAGCUCGCUGAGAUAAGUUUUACCGUUGCCAUGUAAUUUUGUUCAUGCAUCCAUGUUCAAAUUUUUGGUGGUUUUUGAUUCUAUAUCAUUGAAGGUUCAAAAUAUAAUUUUUGUAUCGAGCAUAAAUGCAUCAUAAUUGUCUUAUGCUCUUCAAAAUUGUGAGUGUCUUCAAUAUUUUAGGUUUUAUUUUACAGCCAGCGGUAUGAAUGUUUUAUUACGUAAACAUUUUAUGGACAACUCUUUAUUCAAAUCAAUUUUGUAUUAUUGCAUGGCUAUGAAUCAUCGCUAGACAACAUAACAGUCUUAUUUGGUUGACAACAUAGUUUGCAAUAAUAGGAAACGAAGGAAAAUUAUGCUUGGACGUGCAGUAAAGAUGGAAUGCAUUAUUAGAAAAAGAAAUAAUAUUGGCAGUGUGGCCUACCCCUAUGCUUAUUUGCCAUAUCUAGCCUGGUUACUUUAGUUCUUUUUGUAUCCGAGUUACUAGAUGUGCCAGGAGAAACUUUUAGAAUGAGGCGUACAUCUGUUCCUAGCAAUGUUUAAGUUUUGAUCAGUUUUUUUUUAUCUAUUUAUUUUGACGCUUAGGAGCGUCAUGGUUAAAUAUAGCUCCAUUUUAAUUAUUUACUAUUAUUAUUACUAAUUAAUUAUUAAUUAUUUUCAUAUGGCUAGUUACGUCGAGUAGGACACCAGUUUCUUACAUUUUGCUCUAUUUAUUAAUUUUCUAUUAUUCUAGUCCCGAAUAAUUAGGCGAGACCUGGAUAUUUAUUUGUAUAUGACCUAUUGUUACAGGAACCUUCGUGUUCUCAA